AUGACAACUCUCCAGCCAAGGCCUCCGUACACGGACGCCGAGCUCGCGGAGCUCUAUCCUCCCCAGCUCCAGCUCCAGCUGGUCCAGAUUCUCCUCCGCCAUGGCGAACGCACGCCCGUCACCCCUCGUUUCACCAACACUGGCCUGCCCGCCUACUGGUCGUACUGCAAUGCCGCGCGCCACCUGCGGAGCGCCAUCCUCGAGGACGACUCGGGCAAGUUCUCCUCCCUCGAGUGGAAGCGCCGUCUCGAGGCCUUCGGCCCCAAUGACCUCCCCGUCUUCGCCGCCGGCCCCGGCGGCGACCUAGACACCGUCUGCGACAUGGGCAUGCUCACCGACCUGGGCCGCAGCACCACCACCGCCCUCGGCAGGCGCCUGCGCCACCUCUACAUCGACCGCCUCGGCUUCCUGCCGCCCAACCUCACCUCCUCCGAGUCCUUCUACUUCCGCACGACGCCCAUACCGCGAGCCCUCGAGUCCCUCCAGCAGACGAUCCACGGCCUAUACCCCUCCCACACUCGCUCGCCCGACCUGCCGCCCCUCACCAUCGUCGGCCGCGCCCCGGGCGAGGAGACCCUCUUCCCCAAUGACAGCAACUGCCGCCGCUUCGCCGCGCUCUCCCGCGCCUUCGCCCAGCGCACCGCCGACCGCUGGAACGACUCCGACGAGAUGGCCUACCUGACCAAGAAGAUCGGCCGCUGGAUGCCCGAGGACAGCCCCAAGGUCGCCGUCGACUCCCACCCCCGCCUCAGCGGCAUCAUGGACACCAUCAACGCCACCGACGCCCACGGCCCGGACACCAAGCUGCCCAAGGAGUUCUACGACCCGCGCGCCCGCGAGAUCAUCGAGGGCAUCGCCGUCGAGGAGUGGUUCUCCGGCUACCGCGAGAGCCAGGAGUACCGCACCCUCGGCAUCGGCGGCCUGCUGGGCGACAUCGUCACCCGCAUGGCCGGCAGCGCGGAGAACCCCCCGGCCACCGCCGCCGGCGAGUACCAGCAGCCCAAGAAGCCCUCCGACCGCCCGGCCGGCAUCCGCUUCGCCAUGAGCGGCUGUCACGACACCACCCUCGCCGGUGCCCUCGCCAGCCUCGGCGCCCUCGACGGCGGCUGGCCCCCCUUCACGAGCCACAUCGCCUUCGAGCUCUUCCGCCACGCCUCCACGCCCCCCUCGCCCCCCUCCUCCGCCUCCGCCUCAAAGUCCCCAACCAGCUGGAUCUCAUCCCUCUUCACCAAGUCCGGCUCCUCCUCCGCCGCUGGCAUCGGCCGCAAGAAGACCCCGGACCUCUCACCGGCAGAGAAGCAGAGGUUGGAGGGCUACUACGUCCGCGUCAGGUUCAACGACAAGCCCGUCACCAUCCCCGCCUGCAAGGCUCCGGGGAACCACCUCGAGGGCGACCAAUCCUUCUGCACCUUGGCCACCUUCAAAGCUGUUGUUGACAAGUUCACACCCGAGAACUGGAGGGAGGAAUGCCAUGCCUCUGGCGCUCCAGCGUUCCCCUCCAAGCCCGAGCCGGCAGGCCACUAG